ACAAGUUUAAAAAAAGUCCUAGACAAAAGUCAAAAAACAAAAAAUCUGGAAAAAUCUCAAAAACCUGUCUCCGCUCUCGAUGACAAAUAAAAUCAAUGAAAUAAGAAUAAAUAAAACCGAAAAUUUGGCGGUUUGAUUUGUGACUUAUUCGUUUGUCUUACAACAGUUGUAUGGUUGUACAUUUUAAGUCGGAAUACUAGUAUUUAUUAUUAUACUUACCUACCAAUUUUGUAACCUUUUUAAAUACUUUAGCCCUGAAACCAUCGAUGCCUGAAACAAUAUAAUCAUGGAAGUAGUAUUUAAUAUAGAAACUGAAGAGGAUUUUAUACACGUAGUAGAAGAAAUUCUGAAUAAUUUAUAUCGUGAACAAAAUAAACCUAUAAAAUUAAUUAAUGAGUGUUCUAUACCAAUAGUUAAAGAUGAAAUAAAGGAUAUCAUUUUUAACACAGACUGUGCUGCGGGAACUGUGUACGAAUUAUUACUAUCAAGAGGCUUUAAAAAGGAGAGAAGCAAAACAUUUUCAGCCCUCAUAGAAAGUAGGAGAAAUGAAUUGUUGUAUGCAACUUUACUUAACUAUAACAGUGCACACGGAGAGACAGUAACUAAGUUUGACUGGGCUGUUAAGCUUGUUUAUGGCACAAGUGAACUAAAGAAGUUAAAGUACCCUUUGUUGCAGUUGGCAUUAACAACACUAAAUAAUGGGCAUACACAACAGCGAAUUUAUGAUAUUGAUAAAGAUAUGCUGGAUAAUAUGAUUAGUGUUUUGGAAAGCAUUGAUACAAAAUCUUGAAGUCAAUGUUUUGUAACUUGGGACCAUACCAUGUAACCGCUUACAUUUUAUGAUCAAUUACUACCUGGGACUUGGCAAAUAUGUGUUAAUACUGAUAAUCAUGAUCAUCAUUAUCAACCUAUCACCAGAUCCCUACUUAGCAUGAGUCUCUUCUUGGAAUGGGAAGGGUUUUGCCAUAGUCCACCACUCUGGACAGGUGCAGAUUGACAGACUUCACCUUUGAGAACAUUAUGGAAACUCAGGCAUGCAAGUUUUCUUACAAUUUUUCCUACACAGUCAAAGAAAGUGAAAUUGCACAUCUCUGAAAAGUUAAAAAUGCAUGCCCUGGAUCGAACUCCCCAAAUAGGAGGUAUUUAACAGGUGCUUACUGAUAGUAAUCAAUAAAUAAAUGAUUCUUGGCUAGGCUAUAACCUGUUCAAUUAUUCAACCAUACUGGUACUGUAUGAAAGUGCUUGCUGAAAAGAAAAGGAAAAACUAUUUUACCAUAUUACUAUAAAAACUGCACUAAAGCUUGCUAAAUGCCUACUUUAAAAACGUUUGUCAUUCAGUUGUAUAAAAUCUUGAGUAAACAGUAAUUUUUUAUUAGUAAGUGUUCAAAUCAAUUAAUUGUAAGUAGGUAUAUUAUAAUUGCUGUAUCAAUUCACUUUAAUAAAUGAUGGUU